CCACCUCAUUGUAAGUAUUGUCAUCUCGAAUAUUUAUUUCAUCGCCGUUGCUGUUUUGCUUGGUUACAGCUCGAUUCCACUGAUAUGCCUCAGUGUACCUGAAUAACUGGCCUCGUAUCCGUUGAACCCUAUUCGACAAGAGAUCCGUUUGAUCAAAACAAAGAAAUACUUACACGAGUUCUUUUCUUCCCUUUUAGAUUGGUUAGAAAAAUGUCACAACCCACAGAUACACUCAUUCUCAGCAAAAGGCUUCUCGAUACCGGCUAUCCCGCGUGCGCGAAUGUACAAAACGCCCUGCAGGCCAUGGAAGGCAUUUCUAUAACAGAAGAAAGUAUUGCUCAGGCUUUAGCAGUGAUGGUUCGCACGCAUUCCAAGUUGGAAGGAGCAAAUGAAGGAAAAUCGUGGCAUAUCGAGAAUUUUGUCAACGCCAUUAAAGAAAAGAGUGCGACUAUCGAUUGGAUCGCGGUAAUGGGAAUUCUGGACAGAGCCGAUUUCAUCGUGUAUGACGCAAAAGGCUUCAAAAUGGUGGUCGACGUGUGGAAAGCAAGUCGCAAAGAUGAGAAGGAGCUGUUCCCAAUUCACGUAUUCUUACAGCCGUGGAUGAACGUACGAAGUCAAUUAAGCGUGUUAUAUCAGAUGGUGUACGGUUCAGCCGAUAUUCUCGACUUAAAUCAUACCCCCAUCACUCAAGUCAUACGCGAGACACACAUUCGAGGGUUACCCGCCAACGCAUGUCCGGUGGCCAUUCACUUGGCUUCGCAACAAUUGAAUUGCUUGGAAUUGAUUGAGGCUAUUAUCAACAUGGCAGAUACAGCCGCAGCGGAUGAUGUACGAUUGCUCAUGGAUCGCUUGGCCCUGCAGGCACCCGAAUUGUUGUUGCUGGGAUUGGCUCAGUUACAGCCAUUCAAGAACAGCUUACAUCAGAAUCUUGUAUUGAAACUACUCAGUAUUUUUGUGAUCGGACACGCCAAUUCCAACCUUGUGUUUAUGAUUUUAUGGAAAGUACAUCCACAACUGUUGUUGGAAGGGUUCCUGGAUAUGUAUAAAAAGGACGCCACCUCUAUUUCGCGUAUUCUUGACAUUGCCCAGGAAGCAAAGAUACUUGUAUAUAUUUUGCGAGCCGAGGUGCCUUUCUUCACGUUGGACUUGGCGUCUUUAGCUGCACGAAGGCAGCAUCUCAAUCUCGAAAAAUGGCUUACAGAACGUUUAUCAGAAGAUGCCAAGAGCCUAGUACCUGCGUGUCUCGAGUUUUUGGAAAGAAAAUGCGCCAUUGAAAUGGCACGUCAGUCCGGAGCUCAGGUGAUCCCCAGCUUGACUCUGUCCGUCGAUGUUAUCAUGAUUUUCUUCCGGGUCUUGUUGGAGAGAUCAUUGUCGCCUGCAGAAACCGCGAAACUAGCCAAGUUAAACCAGCUUUACAGUCAACUGUACUCUCAGCUGAUGGACGCCAAAGGACCCGUGGAUCGUAGAAUAUCAGGCAGCACGGAUGGUGACAACGAACGAAAUUAUGCGCCGGAUGUAGAAGAAAUGGUGCGUCUUUAUUUCGAGCGACUAUAUACGGGUGAUAUUAGUGCCGAGCGAUUUGCUUCUGUUCUGAAAGCCUGUCAAUCGUCCAAAGAUCCCAGACAAGUGGAUUUCUUUUCUUGCACUGUGCAUAUUUUGUUGGAUGAGGCGCGUUUCUUUAAUCAAUACCCGGAAAACGAACUUUUGGCUACGGGUGAAUUGCUGGGUUUACUCGUUGAUCAGCAUUUGAUAUCGUACCAGCUACUGCGUGUUGCUUUGAAACAUGUCCUUGAUGCAUUGAGUCAACCGCCGGGAACAAAAUUAUUCAAUUUUGGUGUGCAGACGCUUCUCCAAUUCCGUCGACGAUUAUCCGAAUGGCCUCAGUAUAUUUUAUUGUUAUCAAAGGUUGAUGGUCUGAAAGCCUACCCUCCCAUUACCGAGACGAUUUCCGGGAUCAUGCAACAACUGCAAAAGUAUCCGGAAGCCAAAACCGCCGGCAACUUUGACGAUGUGAAUCGUUCCUCUGGUCCCGACAGCGCGGAAGCUUCGCCAAAGAGGAAAACCGCCGAUCAAGUGGGUAACGUAUCGGCACUACUGCAAAGCACCUCCGAUUUAGCCUUCGAGGACCCACCACCCCGUGUGCAGGAGCGCAUUUCUUUUCUUAUCAACAACCUGUCUCUCGGCAAUUUGAGUCAGAAAUUACCGGAGCUGCGUCAGCUUUUGCAAGAACCUACCUGGGGUUGGUUCAGUCAUUACCUUGUCGUGCGGCGCGUAAGCAUCGAGCCAAACAACCACGAUCUCUACAUGUCGCUGCUGAAUGAACUGGAUAUUCUCCAAUUGAACGAGAUCAUUAUCGAAGAAACGUAUCGAAAUAUCCGAUUGCUACUUCAGUCCGAGAGCAUUGCAACCUCGUCCAGUGACCGUAACCUGUUGAAGUGCCUUGGUACUUGGCUUGGUAAAAUGACCAUUGCCAAAAAUAAGCCCAUUCGUCAUAAAGACCUGUCAUUCAAGGAUUCGUUGCUGGAUGCGUAUGAUAACGAUAAAUUGAUUGUGGUGAUUCCACUCGUUUGCAAAGUAUUGCAAGAAGCCAGCAAGAGCAAGAUCUUUCGACCACCUAAUCCAUGGUUAAUGAGCAUCAUGAAGCUACUAGCCGAGUUGUACUGGAACGAGGAUCUACGACUGAACCUCAAAUUUGAAAUCGAGAUUCUUUACAAAACAUUGGACGUUGAUCUGAAUGAAAUUGAGCCGACUUCUAUUCUGGAAAAACGGGCUCCCCCUGGCAUUGAGGGUAUUUCCGACCAACGGCCGACGCCCAUGCCGAGCAUGGCCGAUAUUGCCACCAGAGCAGAGCCUGCAAGCUAUGAUACUCCGAGUUUGCCAGCUACUCAAAGACCUGAAGUGGACAUUUCGCCGUUAUUGGCCAAACUGCAGUUCAAUCCUGCCAUUUCUCAACUGAUUGCGCAGCAUUCUGUCAUUCGUAUCACGAUCUUCCGUGCCUUGUCUGAUUCGUUUGCCGAAAUUGUGCCACCGAUCAUCAUUCAAUCAAGCAGCAUUGUCACCGUGUCGACAAGAGAUCUGAUCUUAAAGGAUUUUGCUAAUGAGCCCGACGAAACCAAGUUGAAGCGUGCUGCUCAUUCAAUGGUGUUGUUGUUGAUCGGCAAUCUUGUUGUGGCGACCUGUAAGGAGCCGUUGUGCAACAACAUGAUCUCCACGACUCGUGGAAGUCUUGUACAGGCCGGUGUUCCAGAGCCGCUUGCUGAUGAAAUUGCUACAUCGGUUGUCUCUGAAAAUUUGGACCUCAUUUGCUCGUUUGUUGAGCAAUUAGCUCAAGUAAAAGCGCUGAACGAUCUUGAUCGAAAGCUGGCUCCCGCCUAUGCUAGUCGCAUUGCUCAUCGCGAACAACAAUCCAAUGCGGCUUAUUUUGACACGCUUCAUACGAAUGCUGUCCCGCACCAUGUCCAAUUACCCGAAGUUUUGCGUGCUGUAGAUGGUGUCAGUCCAGAACAGAUGCGUAUUUAUGAGCGACAUGAUCCUAGAAGCAUGAUGAACCAUCCGCCUCCCGUAGAGAUGAACCAUGAAGGCGUCCCUGCUGGCUCUCCUGUUCCUCCUCCUAUGCCUAAUGGCAUGAACGCCAACAUGUUGGUAGCUAAGUUGGAGCAAAUGCUCCUAGAAUUGGAUCGCCUGAUCUGCUUCUCUGGUAUUACCAGUACCGCGCUUUUACCGCCCAACCAUGAUAUCUGCUUGUUGAUUCGUCAAAUUCCGCUGUUGAUUGGUCAAAGCUCCACACCUUUGCAGACCAUGCUCACUUUUGUGGAAAAAGUAGUCUACAUGUUAUAUCAAAGCUCGACCACGUUUGCUUUGGAGAUUUAUGCCAUUUUCUUGCAAUCCCUCUUUGAAUUAUCGGGCGAUGUUACCAAAGAAACCUUGGCUUGGCUCGUAUACGCUGAUGAUGAGCGUAAAUAUAAUGCAUCGGUUAUAUCAAUGUUGAUUCGUCAUGAAUUACUGCCUUUGGAAGAGUACGACAUUCAUCUCGCGAAAUUGAUCCUUGCGAAAGCCGAUAGUGUGAUUGAUUUCGCCACCAACCUGAUCCGUCUGUGCAUGUUGUCCGAUACCCCUGCAACCCAAUUGGAAGAUCAUAUACUGACGGUGUCUGCUUUGACUAAACUGGUGGAAAGCGAUGAAGCCCCCUCCAAUGUUGUAAAAUUGGUGGAAGAUCUGAAAACUUCCAUGGAGUCACCGUACCGGGACAUUGCAAAAUCGGCCGACUGUCUACAGUUACGCAUACUCUUGGCAGAGUGGAGCCGCCUGUCACGACAUCCUAUGGCUCAUGAACCUGUUUAUGACUCGUUGGUGAAAAAGAUUUUGACUACAUUGGAAACUGGCGAGCAGCGAAGAUUUUUCUUGCGUUUGUGUAUUGAAACAUGCGUGAAUCAAUAUGUUUCUGCCAAGCGGGUGCGCGUGUCUCAUCAACGUCGUGUGAUUUCUCUUAUCGACGCCUUUGCGAAGCUCGUCUUUUACUUGACAAAAUUGGAUCAAUCCUCGGAAGCGUCGGCCGAGACGAACCAAGUGAAACAGCAGUGGCUCAAUGACACACUAUCCAUCGUUAUCCUUGUAUUGGCCCAACACCAUGAGGAGCGUGGUGCCAACUUUAAUCAGCGACCUUUCUUGCGUCUUUUAUCGUCGCUGUUCACGGAAUUCAGUAAUGGAUCCAUUCCCGAGUUGGACAAAGAAAUGAUCACUGCUUUCAGUGAUGCUCUGUAUACUAUUCAACCUCUUCGCUUCCCGGGAUUUGCGUUCUCAUGGUUACAGCUGAUUUCUCAUCGUUCGUUUUUGCCACAGCUCUUGGUAACCAAUGAUGAAAAAGGAUGGACCAUGUGUCAGCGAUUGCUGCGCGCACUUCUUCAAUUCUUGGGCCCAUUGUUAGCCAAUCAGGAACUGCAAAGAGCCACAAAGACGUUUUACCGAGGAGCUCUGCGUGUUCUUGUGGUGUUAUUGCACGAUUUCCCUGAAUUCCUCUGCAAUAACUACAUGCUUUUUGUGCAAUUGAUCCCAGACUCCUGUGUCCAGCUACGAAAUCUCGUCCUCAGUGCCUUCCCCCGCGUUAUGCAGUUACCUGACCCUUUCACUGCGGAUCUACAACUCGAUGAAUUACCAGAGUCCAAAGAACCGCCAAAUUUGAAUACCAGUUACGAAGAUGUACUGAAGGAGGAUGGUUUCAAGACUGCCAUUGACGAAUUUUUGCAAAGUAAAACCGACAGUUUCUUUGCACGAUCUUUGGAUGUCGUGAGCAGCAAAGACGGUGGUUAUCGCGUGGAUAUGUUAGGAUCUUUGGUUCUGUACCUUGGCGCCAACGCGUCAAUGAAGGUGCCCAUGGGAGAGAAUGUGGCUGUGCGAGUGUAUAAAUACCUCCUGAAACACUUGACGUCCGAAGGACGCUAUCUUUUAUUGAACUGUAUCGUUGAUCAUCUUCGUUAUCCGAACAGCCACACCUGCUUCUUCAGUUCUGCCUUGUUACAUCUUUUUAGAGAGCAGAACGAUGCAGUGAAAGAACAGAUCACAAGGGUGCUUUUGGAGCGUCUUAUUGUUAAUCGACCUCAUCCUUGGGGUCUGCUAGCCUCAUUUAUUGAAUUGAUCAAGGCCACCGAUUUCUGGAAACAUGAAUUCAUUCGAUGUUCACCGGAUAUCGAACGAUUAUUUGACAAUGUAUCGAGAUCCAUUAAAAAAGCUGAAGUAUAAUAAACACUGACCGC